UUAUGUAGUAUUAUCUAACAGAGUGCGAGGCUGGGCGUUAUGGCCGGGAUUGCCAGUUUUGGUGUCCAGACUGUGAAAAUGGUGGCGUCUGUCAUGCAGUGACGGGCUCGUGUCUUUGUGCUCCAGGUUUCCAUGGUCCCACCUGCCAACAAGCUUGUGACCCUGGCACGUUUGGGAGUCAGUGUCAGCUUAGUUGUCAGAAGAGCACUCUUGGCUUCAACACUAUGACAGAUGGUGAAUGUUUGGGUUUGACGAUGUGUCUUCCUGAACCCUAUGGCUGUUCUUGUGCCCCUGGAUAUAUGGGACCCUUCUGCAGGAUAAGGUGUGGUAAAGGAUGGUAUGGUGCUGACUGUUCCCAACCUUGUCACUACUGCUCAGACAACGACUGUGACCCAGUAAGCGGAACAUGCAAAAGGAGUUGCAAAAAUGACAAUCUUUGUAGUGGUAAAAGACCUUGGGAUUUACCUCGUCUGCGAACUCCGCCGUCAGUGACCGUCGUAAACCAGACUUCAGUUUUAGUGAGUUUCUCAGCUUGGACACGUGAAAAAGAUGAUGGAUCUAAUAACAUUAUUAUUAUAAGUUACCGCCUUCAGUUCCAGAGGGAGGAUAAUGACACUUGGAUGGAUAUGAAAACUUUGAGUGCCAUUGUGGUGUCAGGCCUGCGUGAAGAGUUGAUCGAACACCUUGAUCCUGGUUACAACUACGUGAUGAAGGUGCUGCUGGAGACUGUUCUUGGUGCUGCUGAUGGCUCCACCAACAAAAGAGUUCACAAUGUUACCUUUUUUACUGAAUGUGUCGAUCCAGUAGCUGGGAAUAUUGAGGUUGAAGUCACCAAUCACUCUGCUGUUGUGAACUGGGUAUGAAAUUUUCAGUAUUAA